GACUUGUGCAAAAUCCACCGUAGUAUAACAAGACGAGACCACGCCAUCUGGCGACGGACCAGACGACCCUCCCAUACCUGCUUGCUCGGGUCUUUGGUCCACAGUUCCAUUCCACGUACGCCAUGGCGACCGUCGGGUUCGGGCCGUACAGCGUCGCCACAGCGGGCGAGAAGAAUGAGCCGACGAGGCCGCUCGCCUGCCCGUCCCCGUCCGUCCACCCGGCGACCGAUGUGGACAUCGAGGUCCAGCAUGCCGCCGCGACCACCGCCAAGCGCCCGCGCUCCACGGGGUGCCUCCGCGGCCGCCGGUCCGUGCUCUGCUGCGGCGGCUGCUGCAUGGCCUCCGUGGUCAUCGCCGGGAUCGUCGCCCUCGUGCUCGCCCUCACCGUGUUCAAGGUCAAGGACCCCGUCUUCACCAUGAACCGCGUCACCCUGGAGGACGUCGACGGCGACUUCCUCGGCGCGGACGAGCGGCACCCGGUGUCCGUCAACGCCACGCUCAACGCCGACAUCUCCAUCAAGAACCCGAACGUGGCCUCGUUUAGCUACGACCGGAGCGAGACGAACUUCUACUACAAGGGGGAGACGGUCGGCGUGGCGUACGCCCCCGACGGCGAGGUCGGCGCCGACCGGACCGUGCGGAUGAACGUCACGCUCGACGCGCUCGCCGACCGGAUCUCCCCCAACGUCAACGUCACCGACCUCAUCUUCGGCCAGAGCCAGGACUACGACCUCACCAGCUACACGGAGAUCAGCGGGAGAGUGAGCGUGCUGGGGAUCUACAAGAGGGACCUCGACAUCAAGGUGAACUGCUCCAUUACCUUGGAGGUCAGCGCCUUUAGCUCAGUGCGGAGUAAAACUACGGACUGCGUUGCAAACGUGAAGUAACCGAUCAUUGCUUAUCAGGGGCAGGACGCCCCUUCUGUUUCUUUUUGUUCUCUAUAUAUCCUCCCUUUCUUUUUCUUCACACUGUUUUGAGAUGGAUCCUCCUUUUCUUGGACCUAUGUAUCGUUAUGUAAUUAUUAUUAUUAUUAGUUACCUUUUAGGGGAUUUUCAUAUAAUUAUAUCAGGGUGUUCCACUUCAUGAAAGGAUAGAAAUCAGUUGCUUA